GACAGAGGAUCUUCUGGGCAUAUCUACGAGAUCAAGGAAGACCAGGAAUCUAGUAUCCGAUUACACUUCAUAAAGUUUGAAACCAAGUACAUUGAAAUGUGUGUCAACUUUAUCAAAGACAACAUUUUAACUGCUGCACAUAAAGACAAGGCUCUUAAGGCAACAGGUAAUCAAAAGCCAAAUGGAGAGUUUGUAAAAAAGUUUCGUGAGAAGGAAGCCCUUGCAAAAAACGAGAAGUGUCCAAAUGCCUCCAACAGACAACAUACUUAUUCUCCCCAUGAUAAACACCCUGGUUUAAUGCUUCUAAAACUCCCCUUACAAUAUCUCACCAUGCCCUUUAGGAAAUAUCACCAAGAUAGUAUUCCAUAACUACAUAACUGAUGUCCACAACCAGAGCUCUUUGACCUUGGAGAGGGAUGAUGAACAUUUACACCAAAUAUGGUCACAAUGGCACCAUGUUUUUGACACUGUCAAAAUAGCUUGUGAAGACAAAAAAGCAAUCGAACAAUAGUUGCUGUCAUAGUAGAAAAAUGUCGUUAGUCAUUUGUUUUCACUUAUGAAGUUCUUAAUAGUCCUUUUUCGUGUUGCUUUUAAGGUGGUGGUGCUUACAAAUACAUUGAUUUGUUGACAAGUAAACUUGGUUGCAGGUAG